AUGCCGCCGGUACGUCGAAGAAGGCGAACGCGUGGAUUCACUGUACCCUACCAUCGUUUCCUAGGACCUGGUAAACAACUUGAAGAGUUAAAAUACUUACCGGCGCUAAACAAAUUAGAUUGGGCGGCGAAACGGCACGACUUUAACUACGGUGAUCCUAAAAAGACAACGGAGGAGUCGGAUGAACAAUUUUACAGAGACUCAGAAGGUACAGGGAUACUCGGAGCGGUUAGCAGAGAAGCUCUUAAAACAAAGUCAGCACUUGGAUUGGACUCUUAUUUCAGACCAGAUACAGACUUGGUUCAUACUAAUCCUGGUGAUAGCACUGGCAGGGAGGAAGUUAUGGCGGACCAAGACGCUUCCACGGUGGCUGACUCGGACGCGGGCGGAGGCAACGGAUGGUCAGGUACAAAUAUAGGUGGGACAUUGCCGCCUGAGGCUGGUAACGAGAUAAGAUCGUACGUAUUGAAACGACAGUUUAAAAACAUCGUCAAGACGACUGAUAUGAACAAUAUCAAUGCACAUUUUGUGAAAUAUCAGGGAAGCGAUAAGGGGAUACACAACGUAGGUCACUUCUGUUACGGGAAACUGGAAUCGGGCGACUACAUUGUACCUUAUUUUCUAACAACUUGGGUGACUGUGCCAAAGUGGGAAGCAACCCUGAGAAACGCAACGUCGUACAGAGUGAAGAGACAGGGAUUCACUAUCGACAACGUAGAAUGCGGUGAGUGGCUAACAAAGAACAACGAGGAGGUGUUUGUGCCAAAUCCGGAACCGUACUUCGAUGUAUACGUCGAUCACGGACAGUACAUCGGUUACGGAAACCUAGUAGGAAUAACAAAAGUACCAAACAAAGGGUUCCGAGAGAUUCAGCUGAUGAAUGGUAACGAUGCGGAAUUACCAAAAUACAAAUACAUUUACGGAGCGCCCAUACACUCAACAAAAUCUGUGAGGGUAACCCGAUAA